ACACUCAAAAUCGGAAAAUCCCAACGGCGCUUAAUAUUUGUAGGAGAGAUUUAUUUUUUUGAUAAAUUAUCAGGAGAGUUUUAGUUAACUACAACAGACGGUAGAUAAGCAUAAACCCCGAGCCAAAGAGAAAGCCAAGAGGACCCCAAUCGAUACAAAGAAAAACACCAAAUUUUAUCAUCCCCCGAUCCUCAAUGGAGGACGCCUAUGCAAGAUCUGUUUCCGAGGUUUUGGAUUUCUUUGAGGUAGACUCAACGAAAGGUCUCACUGAUACUCAGGUUUCACAACAUGCUAGGCUUUAUGGGAAAAAUGUGCUGCCUGAAGGAGAAAGGACUCCAUUUUGGAAAUUGGUUUUCAAGCAAUUUGAUGAUUUGCUUGUUAAGAUAUUGAUUGCUGCGGCGGUUGUUUCUUUUGUUUUGGCUCUGAUUAAUGGAGAGACUGGCUUAACUGCAUUCUUGGAGCCUUCUGUUAUCCUCCUGAUAUUGGCUGCCAAUGCCGCCGUAGGAGUAAUUACAGAAACAAAUGCUGAAAAGGCUCUUGAGGAGCUACGUGCCUACCAAGCUGAUAUUGCAACUGUGCUGCGCAAUGGUUGUUUCUCAAUACUUCCUGCAACAGAGCUAGUUCCAGGAGAUGUGGUAGAAGUUAGUGUGGGAAGCAAAAUUCCAGCUGAUAUGAGAAUGAUUGAGAUGCUAAGCGAUCAGUUACGUGUUGAUCAAGCAAUUCUUACUGGUGAGAGCAGCUCCGUGGAAAAAGACCUUGAGUCCACCAUAGCAACAAAUGCUGUAUAUCAAGACAAGACAAAUAUUCUUUUCUCAGGUACAGUUGUGGUUGCUGGUAGGGCAAGAGCUGUUGUUAUCGGAGUUGGUGCAAACACUGCCAUGGGCAACAUUCGUGAUUCAAUGUUGCAAACAGAUGAUGAAGUGACACCCUUGAAAAAGAAGUUGGAUGAAUUUGGUACCUUUUUGGCUAAGGUUAUUGCAGGUAUUUGUGUAUUGGUGUGGAUUGUAAAUAUUGGACAUUUUCGUGACCCUUCUCAUGGUGGGUUCUUGCGGGGUGCAAUUCAUUACUUUAAGAUUGCAGUUGCACUUGCAGUCGCAGCAAUUCCUGAAGGGCUUCCUGCUGUUGUAACAACGUGUUUGGCCCUCGGAACAAAGCGAAUGGCUCGACUGAAUGCUAUUGUUCGAUCCUUGCCAUCAGUAGAAACUUUAGGCUGUACCACAGUGAUUUGCAGUGACAAGACAGGAACUCUGACGACAAAUAUGAUGUCUGUUUCAAAGAUAUGUGUGGUCAAUUAUGUACAACAUGGUCCUGCAGUUGCUGAAUUUGGUGUCAGUGGGACAACUUAUGCACCUGAAGGCUUUAUUUUUGACAGCAGUGGGAUUCAGCUUGAAUUCCCAGCUCAGUUACCCUGUCUUCUUCACAUAGCAAUGUGUUCAGCUCUAUGCAAUGAGUCUCUCUUACAGUAUAACCCUGACAAGGGAAACUAUGAAAAAAUUGGUGAGUCAACUGAAGUAGCCCUCCGAGUCUUGGCAGAGAAGGUUGGUCUUCCUGGCUUUGACUCUAUGCCUUAUGCUCUGAACAUGCUGAGCAAGCAUGAGCGAGCCUCCUACUGUAAUCACUAUUGGGAAAACCAAUUUAAAAAGGUUUCUGUUUUGGAAUUUUCCCGGGAUCGCAAGAUGAUGAGUGUCCUUUGUAGCCAUAAGCAGAUGGAGAUCAUGUUUUCUAAAGGUGCUCCUGAGAGUAUCAUCUCUAGAUGCACAAAUAUCCUCUGCAAUAGUGAUGGUUCCACUGUGCCAUUGACUGCUACACUUCGGACUGAGCUGGAGUCAAGAUUCCACAGUUUUGCAGGGAAAGAAACAUUGAGAUGUCUGGCUUUAGCCUUGAAGAUAAUGCCCAAUGGUCAACAGAUUCUCACCAUUGAUGAUGAGAAAGAGCUUACAUUUAUUGGGUUGGUUGGAAUGCUUGAUCCUCCAAGAGAGGAAGUGAGGAAUGCUAUGCUUUCAUGCAUGACUGCUGGUAUACGUGUUAUUGUUGUUACUGGAGAUAAUAAGUCCACAGCCGAAUCAGUUUGUCGUAAGAUAGGUGCUUUUGAUCACUUGGUAGAUUUUGUUGGGUGUUCGUAUACUGCUGCUGAGUUUGAAGAGCUUCCAGCAAUGCAGCAAACAGUUGCAUUGCAACGUCUGGCACUGUUCACCAGGGUUGAGCCUUCUCAUAAAAGGAUGCUGGUUGAGGCCUUACAAAAUCAGAAUGAAGUAGUUGCCAUGACUGGUGAUGGUGUCAAUGAUGCACCUGCACUUAAGAAAGCAGAUAUUGGAAUUGCGAUGGGAUCUGGAACAGCAGUUGCAAAGAGUGCUUCAGACAUGGUUUUAGCUGAUGACAAUUUUGCUACCAUUGUGGCGGCUGUUGCAGAAGGAAGGGCUAUAUACAACAAUACAAAGCAAUUCAUUAGAUACAUGAUCUCUUCAAAUAUCGGUGAAGUGGUUUGUAUUUUUGUGGCAGCUGUGCUAGGAAUACCUGAUACCCUUGCACCUGUCCAGCUGCUAUGGGUCAACUUGGUUACUGAUGGAUUGCCAGCCACUGCCAUUGGGUUUAAUAAGCAGGACUCUGACGUGAUGAAGGCUAAACCUCGCAAGGUUGGUGAAGCAGUGGUCACUGGCUGGCUGUUCUUCCGUUAUUUGGUGAUUGGAGCUUAUGUUGGCCUUGCCACUGUUGCUGGGUUCAUAUGGUGGUUUGUUUAUGCGGAAACUGGUCCUAAACUACCAUAUGCUGAAUUGAUGAAUUUUGAUACCUGCUCAACAAGGGAGACCACUUAUCCAUGCAGUAUCUUUGAGGAUCGGCAUCCAUCGACUGUGUCCAUGACUGUGCUUGUUGUUGUUGAGAUGUUUAACGCUUUGAAUAAUCUCAGUGAAAACCAAUCUCUUUUGGUAAUUCCUCCUUGGAGUAAUUUGUGGCUGGUUGCUUCAAUCAUCCUAACAAUGCUCUUUCACAUACUAAUUUUGUAUGUUCCUCCGCUAUCUACACUCUUCUCUGUUACACCUUUGUCUUGGGCUGAGUGGACUGUUAUCCUAUACCUUUCUUGCCCUGUUAUAAUUAUUGACGAGAUACUAAAGUUCUUCUCGAGAAAUUCCUAUGGUAUAAGGUUCAAUUUCAGAUUCAGGAGAUUUGAUGCACUCCCGAAAAAGGAACUUCGAGAUAAGUGAUAACGUUGCUUUACCGAAUCCUAAUUUUGUACAUUAGUUUUUGAACGGAUAAGAAGCACACCUGAUCGGUUUCUCUUCUGCUUUCAUCUCCUUCACAAAAAUAGAGAUACAAAUGGAGGACAACUUGCUUAAGUACUGAAAAAGUGUUGCGACUUAAAAAUUUUUUGCACCUGUCUUACUCAAGGUGCCACGCCAUGUACCAAGCUUUAACGGGAAAGGGGGUAAUUUGGGGCCUUUACACAUUAUGAUAAGUUCAUUUAUCAAUGGCUUGAGAAAGGAAAAUGCCUUCAUGUUUUAUGUACCUCAGAAGUGGUUGUAACAUUAUAGUUAUUAAUUUAUUUUUUAAUACAAGAAAUAGGUCUCUUAAA